GUCUGCUUUCGCUAGGUGUGAACAGUGCCGACUACAUACAUAUGCCAACUAGAACGUCUCCGACAAGGAAGAUGAGUAGCGGUGUUGUCAACGGCAGACAGACGACACCUUUCACCAUGGUUACCACACUUCUACACCUGAUGGUCAUCUUGUCCCAGCUUUUACAUUGUCUGGGAUUUAGUUAUGACCAGGCGUCAAAUCACGGUCCUAGCAGAUGGGGAUCAUUUAAUAAAAUGAUCACUUCAUGCAAAACUGGAAGUCAACAAAGCCCUGUCAUGAUCACAACCAAUACGGCAAAGAGAAUACCGAUUACAGACCUGUCUUACAACCGAACGCAUCCAAUAAUGGGCGUGUUCAGGAAUAACGGGCACGCUCCUCAAUUCAUACCAGACACUGGAUCUAACAACGAACUCAUUCUGAAGAACGUACCAGAGCUUGUACCGAAUGAUUUUGUCUUUUGUGAUCUCCAUUUCCAUAUUGGUGCUAGCAGUAAUAAUGGCCCAGAGCACAUACUAUCGAACCACGCGAAUAUUUCUGGAGAGGUUCACCUUGUCCACUGGAAGAGAGAUGGACACACACCUACUCUAUCGGCCGCGCUACGGGAUCCCAAUGGACUUGCAGUCGUCGCUCUUUUCUUCAAUGUGAUAGAAGACUGCCAAGGAGAAACGGAUAGAAUCAUUCAGCAAUACGUAUCUCGUAUCAAGGAUGUAGACGAAACCAAACAAGGUUACAUAAACCCCGUCCGCCUCUAUCCCAACAGACGUUACUACACCUAUCGAGGGUCGUUGACCACGCCACCGUGUAGUGAAAUUGUCCGAUGGAUCUUGUUUGAGACGCCCAUCACCAUCUGCCGUAAGUCGUUUAAAAUCUUGCAGAACAUGGAAACGGAUGAGGAAGGAAGUGUGGCCCUCAGUGUAUUUGGAAAUGUCCGUCCUGUUCAACGUAGAGAUGUAACCGGUCUGAAGAAGAAUUUUUAGUUUAAUUUACCAUGGAAAAAGGCUCGGGAAUAUUUGUCCUCUUUAUUGUGACGUCAUCCGCUUUGCUAAAUAUAUUUGUCAAUUAUCAGUGGAGCGGGUACCAUUCUAGUGGCAUCAACCCGGACUGGUGCUACAUGUGUCAUAAGGUUUUAGCAUGUGGUAUUUUCCUUGAAUAAAAAAGUACUUUUUACCAGUGGACUAAACGAGACAUGGUCCUUUCAAUGUGUUGCAUACAUGGUGUAUGUGUUCAUUCUCUUUGAUGGAAUAUCCGCAACUGACUGUUUCAUGUAUAAGUACCUUGAUAUUCCGUCUCUGUAUGUUUUUUUUUUACAUUUUGUGUUGCACUUCUACA